AUGUCCGCGGUGAACCAUGCGGUACCAUCAUGGCACCAAAAUCAAGACAGGAUAAGCAAGGAGACAGAUAAAGUAGAAAGAAGCAGAAGGAAUGGAUCAGAUCCAAAAUGGCGAUUCAGCGUACUGAUACCAUUAGUGAUUCUCAAUGUCACUGGACACGUGAACGCUGGCGAAUCCCUUACCAGUCGCAUGCUAGCGUCACUGCUGGGAUACCCCACCACCUGCAACUUAGGCUUGGAGGUGAGACCUUGCACACUAUCUUUGACCUGCUGGUUGAAGGGAGGCACCAGAGUAAGAGGAUGCGGAGGGAGCUGGCUGUUUUCAUGCUGCGCUUUAGAACCGAACAAAAAUGAAGUUCUGGAUAAUAGCAUCCCGUCAUCAGAUUGGAAAUACAAAGUGGUUCCACCGAAGCUCCGUCAGGUGCCUCAACGCAGCGUGGUCCCCGCCAACGUCUUUAGAAGACGGGCUGAUGAUGACGUGCCUCAGGCUGAUUGCGGCUUAUCUUCGACCAAAAUAAUUCAAAAAAGAAUAAUUGGAGGUCGCGAAGCGAGGUUCGCAGAGUUCCCCUGGCAGGCGCACGUGAGGAUUUCGGAGUUCCAAUGUGGAGGCGUUCUUGUGUCACGGUAUUACGUAGCAACGGCAGCACACUGCGUGUCUCGGGCACGACCUCGAGACAUAGCAGUGUGGUUAGGAGCUUUGGACACCAGCGCUGGAGCUCACACUGCAAGGAAACUUGGUGUCACCCAAAAGAUCCUGCACCCACUAUUCCAGUUUCGAAUAACGCAACCAGAUCGAUACGACAUCGCGUUGCUAAAGCUGUCCCGGCCUAUUACCUACACUAGCCAUAUACUUCCAAUUUGCCUCCCUGAACGGGACAUAGAGCUCCGGGGAAGAGCGGGGGUUAUAGCUGGAUGGGGUAAGACUGAUGCGAGUACGGGUCAUACCGGGACUAAUCUUUUAAGAUCAGCUACGGUCCCAAUUUUAAGUACAGAACAGUGUAUCAACUGGCACAGGAUCAAACAAAUCUCUGUGGAGAUACACUCCGAGAUGAUUUGUGCGGGACACUCAGAUGGACACCAGGACGCAUGCUUAGGUGACUCCGGAGGCCCCCUAAUAGUGCUCGAAAACGGUCGAUACUACCUCGUAGGCAUCACAUCCGCUGGUUUUGGCUGCGGAGUAGACCAUCAACCAGGGAUUUAUCACAACGUGAAGGUCACCAGCCACUGGAUACGGGGAGUCAUAUCACCUGUGAUGAAUUAUGUUGAUUUUUAA